UCCCGCCAUUGGCGGCCCGUGAUCAGACGCCGGGGCGCCAUUGGCCGAGCUGUACGUCCUUCUGCGGUCCGGUCUGACGCCUCAUUUCCCAGUGUGCUCUGCGCGCCGCGGCCUUGUUCGCGCCUUCAGCCGCGGAGGAGCUUCCGCCGCCAUGUCCGACUACCCCGGAGCCCAGACCGGGAACCGCAAGGACGCCUUCGCCGACGCCGUACAGAGGGCCCGACAGGUGAGGGGCGGGGAGAGGACGGGAGGCGCCUGGCUGAUUGCAGCAAAAAUUGGUGGAGAAACUACUGGCGGAGUCAACAACACCCCGGAAUUUAAUUUUGGCGGACAAAAAAGGCAGCUGGAGGAUGGAGACCAACCAGAGUGCAAGAAACUGGCCACACAAAGUGAAUCAAUUGCACCUCCACUCGCUCCAGUCCACCCCACUCGGUCGUCGUCAGUGACUGAGGAGUACCGUGUACCUGAUGGCAUGGUAGGACUUGUCAUUGGACGUGGAGGAGAGCAGAUCAACAAGAUCCAGCAAGAUUCUGGAUGUAAAGUUCAGAUUUCCCCAGACAGUGGCGGCAUGCCAGAAAGGAUUGUGUCACUCACUGGUUCUCAGGACGCUGUGCAGCAAGCAAAGAUGAUGCUGGAUGAAAUCGUUGCACGGGGCCGCGGCGGGCCCCCCAGCCAGUUUCAUGACAACUCCAACGGGCAGAACGGUUCCUUACAGGAGAUCAUGAUCCCCGCUGGCAAAGCCGGGCUCAUUAUUGGGAAGGGGGGCGAGACAAUCAAACAGCUGCAGGAACGUGCCGGGGUUAAAAUGAUCCUGAUACAAGAUGGCUCACAGGGCAGCAACGUUGACAAACCUCUUCGUAUUGUGGGAGAGCCCUUCAAAGUGCAGCAAGCCUGUGAGAUGGUAAUGGAUCUCCUGCGCGAGCGAGAUCAGGGUAACUUUGGUGACCGGAAUGAGUAUGGUAACCGAGGUGGCGGAGGAGGAGGUGGUGGCGGAGGAGGAGGUGGUGGCGGCGGAGGAGGAGGUGGCGGUGGUGGCGGCAUAGAUGUACCUGUUCCCCGGCACUCUGUGGGGGUGGUGAUCGGGAGGAGUGGGGAGAUGAUUAAGAAGAUUCAGAACGAUGCUGGUGUCAGAAUACAGUUUAAACAAGAUGAUGGGUCAGGUCCUGACAAGAUUGCACACAUUAUGGGUCCCCCGGACAGGUGUGACCACGCUGCCAGGAUCAUCGGUGACUUGUUGCAAAGUUUGCGGACUGGGCCACCUGGUCCUCAAGGCCCUGGCAUGCAGCAAGGUGGUAGAGGAAGGGGCCGUGGACAAGGACCCUGGGGUGGUCCUGGUGCGGAAAUGACUUUCUCCAUCCCCACACAUAAAUGUGGCCUGGUUAUUGGCAGAGGUGGAGAGAACGUAAAAGCAAUUAACCAACAGACUGGAGCAUUUGUGGAGAUAUCCCGGCAGCCGCCACCCAACGGCGACCCCAACUUCAAAAUGUUUAUUAUACGAGGCUCACCGCAGCAGAUUGACCACGCCAAACAGCUUAUCGAAGAGAAAAUUGAGGGUCCUCUCUGUCCGAUUGGUCCUGGUCCACCUGGCCCUGGUCCUGCUGGCCCCAUGGGACCUUUCAACCCAGGUCCUUACCCAUCUGGACCUCCAGGAGCUCAGGCACAUCCGGGUCCUCCACCUCCCCCUCCCCCACACCAGUACCCACCACAAGGAUGGGGCGGCACGUAUCCCCAGUGGGGGCAGCAGCCAGCUCCUCAUGACCCCACAAAACCUCCAGCCCCCACAGAUCCCAGCGCUGCCUGGGCUGCUUAUUACUCACACUAUUACCAACAGCCGCCUGCUCCUGUCCCUGGGCAGCCUCCUGCUGUCCCUGUACCACCACCUCAAGGACAGCCCCAAGAGCAGCAGGUUCCACCUGCCAACCAGCCCGACUACACCAAGGCAUGGGAGGAAUACUACAAGAAGAUGGGUCAGCAGACGCCUCAGCCAUCAGGACAACCAGACUAUACAAAGGCAUGGGAAGAAUAUUACAAGAAACAAGCCCAAGUGGCAGCAGUUCCAGGCGCACCUGCAGCAGCUGUCGCCGCCACGGCGGCAGCAGCAGCAACUGUACCGCCCACAGCGCAGCCGGACUAUAGUGCAGCAUGGGCGGAGUAUUACAGACAACAAGCAGCAUACUACGGACAGACCCCAGGAGUUCCACCUGCACAGCCCCCUCCGGCACAGCCGGGGCCACAGGCCCAAUGAAUGUUUGUUUCCUGACGCUCAUUACCAGUCCGGAGCCGGAAGCCUCUGUUGCUGACCUCAGUGAGGGGGAGAAGCCGUUUGUAAAGUCCCCUAGUUGUAUUUUUAUUUUUACAUUUUUAUUUUUUUUUAUUUUUAGGACUUUCUCCCUUUUUGUCCCCUCGUCCUAUCCCAGCUUCUUAUUUACAAAACAUAAAGUUUCCUCUUGCCCAUGGAAUCUAUUCAAUGAAGGGCAGGUGUAGAAAUUAGGACUAAUCUGAGGGCCUCCCGUCCACUACGUUUCACCUCCCACCAGUAAAACAAACACUGUUUUAUUCACUGGAACAACCUGUGAGUAAUUUAUUUUAUUUUUAUUUUUUAAAAUGUAAAGAGAUUACCCCCCUGCCUCGUGUCCCUGUGCUUUUAGUUGGUCGAACAUUCCCUGGUGACACCCCUACGCUGUUUGCCGGUUCCCACAUCCGCAGCUGGGGUCUUGUGAAGUGCGUCGGUCCCUCCCCGCACUCAGGAGGGGGGGGUCGUGAUGUGUUUUGUCUGUUCAGAGACAUGGAAAAUGUACGCUGAGUUUUUACUUUUUAUUGCCUGUUUUUAACUUCACAAUAAACAAUGACAAAACUCUCCCGA